AUGAGCUCCAGCGACGCCAUCCUGCUCGAGAUCCGCGCGCCCUACGCCAUCAUCACGCUCAACCAGCCCAAGAAGAAGAACGCGCUCGAUGCGACCCUGUACAAGCGGUUGUCCGCCCUCCUUCAGGAAAUCGACGCCAAGCCCGAGGUCUUUGUCACGGUCCUGACCGGCAAGGGCGACUUCUUCUCCGCUGGAGCCGACGUCAAGUCGACGCGCGAGUCGCUCGGAGGCGCCAAUGCUCGGGUCACCUCGCUCGAGCGCCUCAGCGGCUCGAACCUCGACCUCACUCGCUCGUUCUACCGUCACUCGAAGAUCCUCGUCGCCGGCUUGAACGGACCCGCCAUCGGUCUCUCUGCGGCUCUCCUCGGCCACUUUGACUUUGUGUACGCCGUCCCGACGGCCUACUUCCUGACGCCCUUCAGCGCCAUCUCGCUCGUGUGCGAGGGCGGCGCGAGCCAGGCGCUCGUGCAGCGCAUGGGCCUCGGCAAGGCCAACGAGGCCCUCCUAUUCGGCAAGAAGCUCUCGGUCCAGGAGCUCCUCCCGAGCGGCUUCAUCAACGGGCUCAUCGACGUCAAGGGCGACUCGAACGAGUUCCGCACCGAGCUGUUCAAGCUCCUCGACCGGCAGCUCGACGGGCUCCAGCUUGACGCGAUCGUCAAGUCCAAGGCCCUCAUCCGCGCCGCGCUCCCGGACCCCGAGCCGACUAACGUCCGCGAGGUGUUUGCCGGCGCCGAGCGCUUCGCGACGGGCAAGCCGCAGGAGCAGUUUGCAAAGCUCGCGAACAAGCAAAUGCGCCACAAGCUCUAGAGUCCUCUCUCUCCCUCUCUCUCUGUCUCUCUCUGUUUUGGUUUCUCGUUGGUUCUCGUUUUGAAGCAGUAUGUGGAACUCAAGGCGUCUAUUU